GUCAUGUCAGAACAGCUGUUUGACUCUCAAUAAUAUUUUGCUCCGAUGAUUAUUAAAUCAAAUUCUACUUUUGUGUGUUCAAAUUGCCAAAGCUGGAGCUGGACGUGUUCCGACUCUGACUCCUCCUGCUGGACACUUCUGCAUUUUCCAUCCUGCAGCGUUCUCGAUGACACUUUUCAUUCCUAGAAUAUUGCAUAAUUGAGACUUUCCGGGCACCCAAAUUGGAACUUUGUAUUUAUUGGCGGGUAUCAAUUGGCUUCGAUUUCUGACAUUUCUACAAUUGAGCCGUUGAUUUUUAAUAACCAAUUAAGGAAAAAGAAUCGAGCCUGCCAGAUUCACUCCACAUCCACAGUGCCCCGGAUCGAGAAAUCUAAUCGCCACCGGGAUCAUAAAUUAAUUCGAAAAGUAAGAGUACACUCCGAAUCCGAAUAUGAGCAGGUACCACAAAAGCCGAGGAGCUGGUGGCCCCACGAAUCCGGCGGGGCCAGUCUACGGCGUGAUCUCGACGUCGGACGACGCCGCUCCGAAUUCCGCGAAUUUCGCCAGAUGCCCCUCGCUUGAGGCUAGGAAAAGUGAGCUGAGCUUGUUUCUCAACUGGGGAAGCCCAAAAAAAGGUAUGGAGCUGGUAUCAAAGCUGGGAAACCGCAGCUGGAUCGUCGACUUGUUGGCCAUAUUUUUCGGCAUCGGAACCUGGCUGGGCGUUAAUGGCACCUUCAUCCAACUUCCCGUGCUGGUGGACGAGGCACCAGAGGGUUGGAGUCUGCCCUCCUACCUGAGUCUAAUGGUGCAGAUUGGAAAUCUGGGCCCGCUACUCUAUACGGCCAUCCAAAAGUAUUCCCCCAAAAAACUGAAUGACGGCUACACUAUUCAUCUGGUGCUUUUGGUGGGAACCGUCUCUUGUUUGCUGACAGGGUUCUUCUACAACAAAACUGCUCCCGUGGCGGGCACGGAUCACAGCUUGGCUUUGUUUGUGCUAACCUGUUUCACGGCGCUCAAUGCGUGCACCAGCUCCGUGCUCUUUAUGCCCUACAUGGGUCGCUUCAAGGAGCAAUAUAUGGUCACAUACUUCAUUGGCGAAGGUUUGAGUGGACUCCUGCCCAGCGUGACCGCUCUAAUUCAAGGCAUCGGCGAGAACGGCGACUGUGUUUUGGUCAAUGUAACCGAAACGGGAGAGGAAGUGUACGAACUGCAGAAAACACCGCCUCGAUUCGACACUGGUGUCUUCUUCUUCAUCCUCUUCGGAUUGAUGGUCCUCGCCUAUGUGGGGUACGCACUCCUGAACUCUCUUCCCUUGGCCAAAAGGGAAUAUGCCCAGGUGACUGUCAGCGAGGGCAACAAGUACGUUUACGGAGAUGCCGAUAACCAGCCUAAGGCGGAAAAACUCAGUAGGGGACAGUACACGUAUCUUCUCCUGCUUAUAGGAGCUAUCUCGCUAUUCAGCAAUGGGAUAUUUGGCAGCAUACAGUCCUACUCCUGUGCCCCGUAUGGGUCUCAAGCUUACCACCUGGCAGCCACGCUCAGUGUGAUUGCCAAUCCCGUGGCCUGCUUCAUGGCCAUGUUCCUGCAUUUUACAUCUCUACGAAUUAUUACCGUUCUCUCUAUAUUGGCGGGUCUUCUGACCAGUUACGUGUUCACCACAGCCGCUUUAAGUCCUCUGCCGCCACUACACGAUCAGGCCAUUGGAGCCGUACUGGUGGUCACAGCUUGGACGUUGCUGGUGGGCAUUGUCAGCUACACGAAACUGGGAAUCACCACCGUGAUGCGGUCGCAGGGCGGACAGUCGCUGGUCUGGGUGGGCGCCAUCACUCAGCUGGGAUCUGCAAUCGGAUCGGUUUCCAUCUUCUUCGCCAUUAACUACUCGGAUUUGUUCCAGGCCGCGGAAUCGAGCUGCUGAACUCGCCGGGUAUGCGGCACAGCACAAAUAUCCAGGGAUGCAUCGUGAUUUUAUAGGUGAUUUUACUGUAGCUUACUAAGUUCUUUCGAAAAAUGAAGACAAUACCCAAAUACCUGAAGUGCGAGUUUUAUAUUCUUAACACGAAUUAGGAGGUAAUAUUCCCGAAACUUUAAAGGAGUUCCUAGAUCUUAGCAUAAAUUCUAGAUGUCACAAAUAUUGAAGCAUUUACCGACGUAACUUUAAGAUACUAUUAGGUGCAAAUUACAAUUUGACAAAUGAACAGUCUAAAUUAAACGUAUAUUGUUUUAAAAGCGAA